CACACAGUGUGUUGCGGCCUGCGUCGACAAGUGAAGCCCCGGUCUCAAGUGAAAAUCUGUGCCGGUGUCAGAGUCGCUUAAGCCGGUUUAAGAAUGAGCAAAAGAAAGGCCCCGCAGGAGAGUCUGAAUGAGGGGAUAACGGACUUCCUAGUAGAAUUGGCCAAUUAUGAGAGAAAUGUGAACCGAGCCAUCCACAAAUACAACGCCUACAGGAAAGCCGCCUCCGUAAUUUCAAAGUACCCCACAAAAAUAAAAAAUGGAGCAGAAGCCAAGAAACUGGAUGGUGUUGGCGCCAAGAUAGCAGAGAAGAUUGACGAGUUUUUGGCCACGGGCAAAUUACGUAAACUGGAAAAGAUUCGACAAGAUGACACCAGCUCUUCUAUCAAUUUCUUAACACGUGUCACUGGAAUUGGGCCGGCGGCUGCUCGGAAGCUGGUGGAAGAAGGAAUCAAGACUUUAGAUGAUCUAAGAAACAAUGAACACAAGCUGAAUCACCAUCAAAAAAUUGGAUUAAAAUACUUUGAAGAUUUUGAAAUGAGGAUCCCACGGGAGGAGAUGCUGAAAAUGCAGGAUAUUGUCCUUGAAGAGGUGAAGAACCUGGAUCCUGUGUACAUCGCUACAGUGUGUGGCAGCUUCAGGCGAGGUGCAGAGUCCAGUGGGGAUAUGGAUAUUUUGUUAACUCACCCAGACUUCAUGUCAGACUCUCCAAAACAGCCGCACCUCCUGCACCAGGUAGUCCAAGCUCUAGAAAAAUGUAACUUCAUCACAGACACACUGGUGAAAGGAGACACCAAAUUCAUGGGUGUAUGCCAGCUGCCACCCGAGGGAGGCAAACAGUUCCCCUUCCGCAGGCUUGAUGUACGGUUGAUUCCUAAGGAUCAGUACUAUUGCGGAGUGCUGUAUUUCACCGGCAGUGAUAUAUUCAACAAGAACAUGCGUACACACGCCCUGGAGAAAGGCUUCACCUUGAACGAAUACACCCUGCGCCCGCUGGGCGUCACAGGAAUGGCAGGUGAACCUCUUCCUGUAGACAGCGAGAAAGACAUCUUUGAUUAUAUCCAGUAUAAAUACCGCGAACCCAAGGAUCGCAGCGAGUGAAAGCCGGCCGCUGAGCACUGCAAGAUCAGGGACGUCAGCGACCGCCCUAUAGUGAUACAGAUUGUGAUGUGACCCAGAAGAGAAUGUGUUGUGUGGUACUGAAGCUGUGCGAGCGAUAGUAGUUAGGUAUAUAGCAUGUAAACCUGUUACAUAAGAAUCGUGUUAUUUAACGGGAGCCUCCUACGCGGAACAUGGAAUCCAUGGACAUGGCUCCUCAUGGAUACUUUUUAAUCCAAAUCAUGUGACUGUAGACAAGUAUAAGAGGACCGGGUCCUGACAUGUCUAUGUAAGUACUUGUAAUCCCAAAUCUGGAGCACAUUUAAUUAGAAUGCUGCGUCAUUCCAGUCCUCUAUUAUUCCUCCUGGAUAUGAAAAUGUUGACAACUGGGCAUUACCAUUUCCCUUGUCAAUCAGGUCUAUUGUACACCGUCUUGCGCUAUAAACACUGAUGGGACAGUGUCAGACGGGGCAGCCAUGUGCCUAAUUGAAAGGGUAAAUCAGUUUUUUCUCAUACAGUUCCAGGAGGAAUAACAGAGUAGCAGCACAAUGCAGAGUUCAACGAUGUGCCAGGAUUAUCUGGUGGGGAAUACAAGUAUCAGGCAAGUCAGGAGAGUUGACAGGUCAACUUUAAAGCCUAGAUUGGCCUUUGGUUACAGGAGACGCAGGCCAUUAUAAAACAGAAUACAUUACUGAUGGCUGCAGAUUUUCCUUUAGGUUUCCUCUCUUAUUGUUCAGGCAUCCUGUUAACAGUUACAGGAGCGCGAACCGACACUCAUCAUCCAUACGAAUGGUGUGGAGUAUUUUUGUGUAUUUUUAUUCUUUUGUUUUAGUAAGUUAUGGUUUUUACUUUGAUAAUGAGAGUAGUUGACAUUGACUGAAUAUGACAUGCCUGAGCAUACAAAGCCCGUGUAAGCUGUGAACCACAUGGGGCUUGAAAGUAAAAUUGUUGAUUUCUCCUUAUCUUGAAAAUGCGUUCCUUCAUUCACAUCUUAUACAAGGAUAAGAAGCCUUGUCUUAGCGAUGCGGAGUUGUAGAACAGCGGAGAGUGA